AGGCAUGUGUGCUCUGACAAAGCUGAAUUUUCUUUUUUGGAAAAGAAGACCGCUUUUUGUUGCUCUUUCAAACGCGUACCAAACUGACACUUGAUCUGUCCGUAUACUCGUGAUCACAGUCAUUGUAAGGAAUAAAUAGCGUCGGUUCGUUGUUCUUUCGUGACAGACUUAGCUUUGGCAAAAAUACGCCCUACAGUCUGAGAAGGUUUAAGAACAUUCGAAUGAGGUCUGAUUGGCUUAGAGUUGCUCUGUUGCUAAGUGAGAUUUCACGCCCUAUUGGCUCGUUCGGCGUGGUAUGCAAGAUAAACAAGCUACACAACAUGACGUAUGUUUAUUCACGAUCAAGGAAAGAUCAUAAAGUUUGCUAACAACUUAGUGACCAGCGAAGGACUGAAGCGUAAUCGCUGAAAGUUCGUCUAGUUCCAACGAGUCCGGCUAAUCGAGGUUUGACUGUAGUAUUUCGAAAUACAGGCAGACAUAUUUGAGAAGAGCUGCGCCAAACAAUUCAUCUUUGAAGGUUAUAUAUUUCAGGCUUCAAUCACUACAACAGAAUGGCGAAGAAUUUCGAAUUUGAUCAACUUGCUACUGAUUUUGGAAAUAUUCAACUUACUCCUGGCGAAAAAGACAAGAGUUCGACUAUAAAAGUGCUCAGCUGGAACAUAAACGGGUCAAGCGCAGCAGGAAUGGCAGAGGCCCGAAAAAGCAUAUUAAAGAGUGUGAUUGGGGACGUCGACCCGGACGUUAUGCUACUGCAAGAGACCAUAAAGAGCAUCGACAGUUUCUUCAAAGACACUGGGAUACCUGAGAAAGAUUACAACUACGAGAAGGCUGAAGACGAGAGAGAGACAAGGGUGAUCUAUAAAAACAACGCAUUCGAGAAAGUCGACCCAUCACCUGUGCACCUAGAUACAGUUCUGAAAAAGGUCCCUGAAGAAGAAACAAAAGUUCUGAGAGAGGGAAUAGUGCCAGAAAGACGGACGAUAAAGAAUCGUAUUUGCGUUGUUCACCUGCGACACAUAUCUACAAAGCGUGAGAUAAUUUUUGUAUCUUUCCACAACAUCAGACACAAUGGAGAAAAUAUAGCCACUAAAGUUUGCGAAAUCAUAGCAAGUUUACACGAGUCUAACGAGUGCUAUGUCAUAGCCGGAGUGGACUUCAAUUGCGAUAUUUUCGAACAUAAACUUGUCCAAGUUCCUCCUUAUACAACAACCCUGAGGAGGGAAGACAAGGUAAAAGUCGACUACUAUAUCUUAAGUAAUUCCACAAAGACUUGGGAAGUGAAAGCCAUCGAUCUUGCUCCAUUCCACAAAAAACUCCAAUCUGAAGAGUUUCAAAUGGAUCUGCUCAAUAAAGCGAUUGAUCAUGACCCUUUACAGCUAUCUUUAUCAGAGGUAAAAAGGGAAGAGGAAGGAAAAGUAAAAGAAGAAGAAGAAGAAGGGAAGAAGAAGAAGGAGAAGAAGAAGAAGAAGAAGAAGAAGAAGAAGAAGAAGAAGAAGAAGAAGAAGAAGAAGAAGAAGAAGAAGAAGAAGAAGAAGAAGAAGGGAAGAAGAAGAAGAAUAAUUAACGAAAAUAAUUCUUUUGUAGCCUUCUGGAAUGUUCCAGAACACUUUGUGAAUGUAUGCAAGGACUCAAUUAUUUAGUAGUAGUAGUCAUUGUUAUCGGGAGUGACUGACUGUUUAAAAAACAAUACAGUGAGAGAGAACUACAGUGGAAGAUUGCUAGUUUCAAGAAACGUCGGAGGAAACUGUGACUUUGGGUCAGUGGUGACCUAAGAUAUAGACAGUAGUGGGCUUAAUUAAGUUUUUUAACGAUAAGUACUGUACUGCGUUUAGGAGUCGCUCU